CACAUAUGAAAUGAAAGAAUUCUCCUUCUUAAAAUCCCCACUUUUCACACACUCAAACACCCUAAGAAACACGUACUGAACGCACGGAAUGGCAUCAGCAAGAGCAAGGCUCAUUUUUCGCCUGGUGUUGGUCACACUACUUCUUCUCCUGCUCUUCUACGUGGGUCGUCCUCUUUACUGGAAAAUAUCUGCUACCGUUCAUGAUAUCAGAGCUAAGAAGCAGACUGUCUCUGGAGGAAUUUCGCAAUUUGUAUACGAGGCACAGAGAUCAGUGGGGUGGCUUCAUGGUAAGUCUGACUCCGGAAGGCCUGAUGGGAAAUCAGCAACUGCAAGAAGGCUUCUUGUUCUUUGUCAGGUUUCAUGAAAGCUGCCAGCUUUUUAGUAAAUCAUAGUGCACUAGUCAUGGUAUAGACGUAUGUAAAACUAGUAAAUUGAUGAGCAUUUUGUGAUGUUAUAUAUGGCAAUGCAGCAGUUGAGGUUUCUGUAGAUUCAAAUCUGUUGGAUUUGUUAUUAAUAGGAAUUUUGACUGUGCAUCAUAUAUCUACAAUUGAGGUUCACACUGCUGAAGAUGUUUAGGAGAAAUGGUCAUCAACUGAUGAUCGUGUCUAAUCUCCAUGUGGAUACUAGUAAAUUAAAGAUUUCAAUUAAGAAGCUUUCUCAUUUAUGCAGUGCUGGAUGGGUUCUAUUA